AUGUCGCAGUCACCAGAGCAAGUUGGGGGGGCCGGGUCACAGACGCCGGCGCCGGCGCCCGAUGCGUCCACGCCGGGCUUCGUGCUGGAGGCAUCGAUGUUGACACACGCAAGCCGCAUUUUUAGUGCGCACGCCGACACAACGGACAACAAAUGGUAUCCAGAGCAGGUGGCGACGUUUCUGAGCCAUGUCCAGGGCGAUGAGACAGCCGCUGCAGGACAGCAGGGCAUGGACCUCGCCGACUUCCUGCGCUACAUGGCGUCGGCAGCUACAGAUGCGCAGGGACCGCUGCCAGAAGCUCAAGAUGUGGAUGAUUAUCCGCUGUCGAGCUACUUUAUCAGCUCGAGUCACAACACGUACUUGACGGGCAACCAGCUGUACAGCGCCGCCAGCACGGACGCUUACCGCAUCGUGCUGGACCAUGGCUGUCGGUGCAUCGAAAUCGAUGUGUGGGAUGGGGACGGGGAUUCGUCGUCGGACGAGGAUGAAUCGUCAAACGACGAGGUGGAGGAAGGGGAGGAGGUAGAGAGCAAAGAUGGUAUAGAGGGCCAGCGCUGUCGACGCAAGAGCGAUGCAAGCAACAGUAGCAGCACCAGCAGCACCAGUAGCACCAGCAGCAGUGAUGCCGAUCCAGUGGCACGCGAGAAGAAGAUGGCAGAACGCCAACAGAUGGUAAAGCGAGCCAAGGCGAAGCUGCCGUCAUCACUGGCGUCGCGGCUGGCCCGAUCGACGCUGGGACGGCGGCUGGAGCACUACGUGGAGAGGAAGACGACGAUGACGGCGACGACGAGCGCAGAUGAGACAACAGAUACGACAGCUGGAGCUGCCAAUGCUACUAUCACCACUACCACAACCACCACUACCACCACUAUCACUGCUCGCUCCCAGGCAGCAGAACCGCGUGUGCUCCACGGAUACACGCUCACGAAGGAGGUGCCGUUCCGCGACGUAUGUGCAACGAUCCGCGAGUACGGAUUUCGCACGACAGAGAUGCCGCUGAUCGUCAGCCUCGAGGUGCACUGCAGCGCGCAGCAGCAGGCUGUGAUGGUGCAGAUCAUGGAGCAGGAAUGGCAGGGUCUGCUGCUGGCGUUGCCACUGGAGCCGCCACGGGACGGUGAGGUAAAGGCACUGCCAUCGCCAGGCUCGCUGCGCAACAAGAUCCUCGUCAAGGUGAAGCAUGUCCCGGCCCCGGUAGCGACGGCAACGUCGGACAGCAACAGCAGCAGCAGCACCAUCGGCAUCACGUCCCAGCUGGCCGACAUGGCUGUCGAGACGGAGACUACCGUUGCCAACCCCCCCAAAGUGUCCAAGAUCACCCAGGCACUCGCCCAGCUUGCCGUCUACACGCGUGGUGUCAGCUUCAAGAGCCUGGCCCAGCCCGAGGCCACGAUGCCGACACACGUCUUCUCGCUCUCGGAAAAGGGCGUGCAGGAGGUGCACGCCAAGGACGGUCCGGCCCUGUUCCACCACAACCGACACUACCUGAUGCGUGCAUACCCGUCGGGCCUGCGAAUUCGGUCGUCGAACCUGGACCCGGCCCUCUUCUGGCGCCGCGGCAUCCAGAUCGUGGCGCUGAAUUGGCAGAACUGCGACGAGGGCAUGAUGCUGAAUGAGGCCAUGUUUUCCGGCUCGGCUGGCUACGUCCUCAAGCCUGAAGUCUACCGCGGUGAAAAGUUGGCAAAGCUGGCGGCCGUUGCUGCUACGUCUGCCGAUGCCGUCGCCUUGCCCCCCCCGGCAACGGCAUUCUGCAUGCUCAACUUGGCCGUUACCUUUUACGCCGGCCAGGCGAUUCCACUGCCGAAUGCCGACGACGGUGAUGCCGACGGUUCGUCCACGCCGACGUCCUCCAGACGGACGGUGCGACCAUACGUCAAAGUUGAGCUGCACGUCGACGCCGACCUGACAAACAUAGAGAUCAGCGACGAAGCGGCAGCAGCCACCAGCCGUGAAGCUGAGGACAAGGAGGGCGAAUACAAGGCGCGCACGCGAGUGGCCAAGGAAGGCACGGAUCGAAAUCCGGACUUUGACGGCGAGGUGGUGACGUUUGCCAACGUGCCGAUAGUCGCGACGGUAGGGACGGAGGCCGCCACGUCGGCAGACACGGCAGCCAGGCUUUCAUUUGUCCGCUUCCUGGUCAAGGACGCCACCGGCGCGAUGCGCCGCGACGUGCUGUUGGCCUGGGCUGCCGUACGUCUGGACCGUCUGCAGCCGGGAUACCGCCUAGUGCAUCUGCGAGACGCCGUUCAUGGACGGCCGACAGGCGGCGUGCUUCUGGUACGAAUUGCUAAGAAGGUGGCGCAGGCCGGGACGGUGGAUGCAAGGUAG